AAAACAAGUUGGCAGUCUCCUCAGAUUACUCAACAUGUCUGCUGCCACUAACGUUCUAAAGCUAUCUAUGAAAGUUAUAGAGAUGAGUUCUCCAGAAGCAUCAAGAUUGCCUAACUGGGAACAGAUGCUGCCUAAGAAGCUCCCAACUCCUUCCUCUUCCCCUUCUAAAGGCACCAAUUCUUUAACAACAUCAUCUUCAACUGCGGUUAAAACAGAUACAAGCCUUCCUUCAUCAGAUGGAAAGGUCUAGCUGGAAUUAAGUAUAGGAGCAUUUUUUCAACUUGUCUCUAACUAUAGCAUACAAGUCUUGGGGCUGCGCCAAUUGGAAGAAGGCACACAGUUUUGCAAACUAGUCUUCAAUGUGAUCCAAAAUACUUGAUCAGUCUGAUGUGCUCAUGGGUACAGGAUUAUAUGCAAUUGUAGAGUUGAACAUAUUGAUGCUUGGAUGCAAUCCAUUGUAAAGAAGAGUAGCACUUGAUUGCUGACAAUGAUGUAUUUGUAGGAUUAAAAGUCAAGAUUUAAG